GCUCUAGUGUACUGGCAACACUCGAAUGUAAUUUCUGUAGGUUGGUAUUUGCUGACGCCAGCCAUUUUAAUAUCUUCCGGUUAUAAAUAACAUUUCUUUUAAGUAAAGAUUAUUAUGUUUUAACCUAAUAAUAUGAAGAAUAUAAAUUAAAUAAUAUACGAUAAUUUAAAGUGAUAAAAUUUCCACUAAUAAUCUUCUAUAAAUGAACUAUUACGUUACUCAGUGCUACCAACAAUACAAUCAAAGAAAUUAUUUCGUACGCAGUCGGUGAUAUUUACAACUAAUAUUUUGUUAACGUUUUGACAAAUCUAAAGCAUUUAUUGAUAAAUAGUAACUGAAAGUGCUUAUUUGUUAUGUAUAAGUGUAUCACAAUAAAAAAUGUGUUCUUAGAAUGAACUUGUUGUUCCAAUAGUUUCAGUCGGCAUAGUAGCUUUAUUUGACAAAAUAUGGUCGUGCGUUUCUUCUGAACAGAUAAGUGGUGAUGUGUGAGCAGGCUGAAAUUAAUUAUUUGGACGGGGAUGUGGUGUGGGUGAAACUAGGCUCAUGCUGGUGGCCCGGAGAAGUCGUCGCCCCAGAGAAGCUCCCUCCAGAUGUCCUGCCUUCAUUUCGUAAACCUCCAAUAGCAGUCGUCAAGUUCUUUCAAGAAGAUACUUAUGAAUAUGUGAAGAAUACUAACUCAAUUUACAAGUAUAAUUGCAGUAGAAAAGAUGAAUUCAUCACAAAAGGACUACAUUUGUUUAGAUCCAGUAAUGGGCACAUGGAAAAAUUUCCUGAAGAUAUUAUUAGAGCAGAAACAGCUGUUGGGGGUGAUAUAGAGAUACUAACUAGAGAUGAAUUUCAGAAAGAUUUUAAGAAGAAAAAAGCUUAUGAGGGCUUAUUUGGUGGUACUCCCAAAACACCCAGUUCAGGAAAAAAAGGCAAGGGCCGGAGACUGUCCACAGAAACACAUAGAACACCCAUUAGAAAGGAAAAAUCGGAUUAUAAAGUACAUAUUUUGGUGCAAAAAUCCUCUACACCUGUCACCAAAACUGCAGAGGCUACCACAAGUUCAGAUAGUGGUACAGAAGUUGCAUCUGUAAAAGAUACUAGUGAAAGUGGUUCACAAGAAGAGACUACACCACAAACACCUGAGAAACCACCAUCGGUUACGACACCAACAGUAUCCAGUACUGGUAUCUAUUCGUGUCACGCUUGUUCGUUUUCUACUGCACGCCUUAAUGUAUUAAUUUUACACAACAAAACUCACAGCGUAACUUUUACGCCAUACACACCUACACCUGUUAAGAAAAAAAUUGUUAAAACACCAAGUAAGUCUACGCCUAGUACAUCUAAGACACCGAAAGCACCUCGUCCGCGUAAAGAGAAAGGCGAUAAAGUUACUAAUAAAAAGGCUUCACAAGGACAAAAACGCGCCAGUGAAGAGUCUAAAGAGGUUUCCGAUACUAAAAAGUUAAAAACUGAUCAGGAAAUUAAAAGCAGUCUUUUGGCUGAUUGGGAUGACGUGGAUGAAGAGGAAUCGAAUGAUGGCGGAGUGAUGGCCGCGUCGCCUGAAGUGCCAAUAGCUGCUGAAUCACCAGCUGUUCCUACUCCGGCUGAAUUGCCAAAUGCUCAAGUCCCACUAGAGGAUCCAUCUCAUUUAGAAAAGAAAUCUGAAGAAGUACCUGCCGAAAAAUCAGAAUCGACAAGUGACUCUAAUAAAUACGAGUUUUGUGAAGACGAAGAUUGGCCGGUAGAAGCCGAUGUAGGCAGGAAGAUACCUCGCGUCAAAAAUCCUUCCAAAAGAAAAGAUGAAACAAAGAGUCUCAGUGUAGACGACGAUGAAGUGGCCAGAGAAGUCGCCGAGCUUCUUAACAAAACUACGGUUCCGGAGCUUCCGUCUGUUCCAGAGCCUUUGAAUGUAGAGGAAAAUUUUCCUGAGCCUUCGAUUGUCAAAUCUCCAGAUAAACAAAGUUCUAAAUCACCCGAACCCAAUAAAGGUACUGAUAAAUCUGCGUUCGAACCACAGCCUACGAAAGCCAUUUUUAAAACGAAAACAUUUUUUCGUAGCCGACAUUCACGAAGUCAAGAUGCAAUCGGAAAAUAUGUAGCAGAACAAUUGAAUGCGGUUGAAAGAAUGGACAUGUCAGAAAAUGAAAUCAAUGGUUCAGAUGUCGUAUCUUCCCCUGAAGCUAGAGAAUCGCCACCGAUGAUAGAACAUGUAAAAGUAGCCCGACUAGCACCUAAAAUACAACUUAAAAAAAUGAAAGCAGAAGCUGCUCAGCUACGCGAAAAAGAAAAAAUUGAAAAGGCAUUAACAAAAGACAGUUUAUCUUCUGAAAGCCCAGCACAAACUGAUGAAAAUAAUUCUAUUUAUAAGUUUAAUGUAGAACCGGUUCAGUCAAAUAAAAUGAGUGAAAUAAGUAAUUCACUCUAUCCAAAAGAUGUCCUAUAUCCUACACAAGAAAUAAAGCCAAUCAACGAAGUUACUUAUGAAGAAAGCAAAUCAUUGUUAUUGAAGAACUAUUCUACUUCUUCUGAAGUACAAGCAGAGCAAACCGUUAAAUCAAAUGAAAUUCUAAAUGAUAAAAAUUUAACAACAGUAGUCACUGAAUCAGUAUCCAACAUUAUUUCUAAUGACAAUAAUACUAUUUGUGAAAAAACAUUUACUUCUAAAGAACAGCACUCACAACCUGUACUAGAAAAUACGUCGGAUAAAACCGAAACCGAUCAACUAUAUAUGAAUGAAUCUACUGCUUCAGCUGUAGAUGCUUUGUUGAGUGUUGCGCGUGAUCCUGAUAGAGUAACUAAAAUUGUAAGUGAUGAUCCUCCAGAAGAUUUGUUUGAAGAUGACAAUAGGGAUAAUAUUACAAUGAAUAAUGUGAAUGGCUUAAAUGAGACUAUGAUUGAUGAUAAUGAAAAAAGCACAUGUGAUCUACCGCUGACAGAUAAUCACCAGGAAGGUAUAAAUUUACUAGAAAAUAGCUUCGGAAGUAAUAGUAAAUCUGCGAUUACUGAAACUGUUGACCAGCCAAUAUUACCAGAUGAUAAAAAUGAAGUUACAUAUGAAACUGAAUUAGUUAAUAACGAAUGUCCAACAGAAACUAUUGCUGAAAAUAUACCAUCUGAAUCUGAUUUGCAGAUAGCUGAAGCUCUUAUAAAUUUACCGGCAACCGCAAUACACAGUAAAAGCAUUGAGAGCAUUCAAGUUCAAAAUCCUGUUGAGAAUGAAGCUAAUAAAUUAGAUAGUGUUGUGCUUGAUAAUAAUGUAUAUGAAGUCGAAAAUUCGGAAGCAAUCGAAACAACUGAAUUAGGUCACUCUGAAGAACAUUCUAUAAUUACUGAUAACGAAAAUAUAAAUGUUCGCUUUGAAACAGAACAAGAGAAAAGUGAAAAUUUAAAUGCUGCCCAAUCAUUAGUACAAAUGUCAGAGUCAGUUGAUCACAAAAUAAAUAUUGUUGAGAGUAACACGAAUAUUCAAGAGUUAUCAAGUACAGAGCCUAUUAACACUAGACAAAACAAUGGUAUAGAUAAAAUCAAUACAGUUGAACAAAAUGUGGCAUCUCUUUCUAGUGAUAAUAGUAAUGAAUUGAUUAAUAACAAACUAGUUAAAUACGAGACGACUUCAUCGAAACUGUUAAAAAUACUAGAAGAACCAUGCGCACCAAAAAUUAUUAAGAAAACGCCUACAAAACGAAUAAUAAUUCCAGGUAAAGAGAAGAUUCUAAAUUUUGAUGUAGCUAAACAAUCGCUUAAAGGGAAAUCCCAGUCCCCUGUUAUUAUACGACGUGCAGCUGCAAAUAAAACUCUGCUUAAUAACCUGAAUGAUAUAGGCACUUCUGAGAAAAUUAUUUUAUCAAGAAGUAACAAACCGCAACAAGAUAAUUCAUCGAUGCAAACUUAUACGAUACAAACUUCUCCAGAUACGCCUUCAGAUACAAACACUAUUACUAUUAUACAACAAAAGGUUAACAAAGUACCGAAAAUGCCAACUAAAAUUCAAAAGAAGCCUCAGAAUUCUCUUAUAUCACAAUCACAGUUAGUAGACACAAAAUCAUCUAAAGAAUCUAAGGCGACAGACGAUUCUGUUUUCGACAUAAAUUCAAUGCCCAUAGUUUUAUCUGAAGAGCUGUUAACUCCAGAAAACAUAGACAAAAUGCCAAUAGUUAUGUCUGAUGGAAAUCUAAUAGCUAACACGGCCACUCCACCCAAACUUAUUAAAACAAAGCAGACAGUAGUGGAGUCAGAUAAAUUGGUGAUAAAUCCUGGGGCCAGUAAGUCAGAAUCAAAAACAUUAUUGAUGAAUCCUGUAAAUGAAGUAAACAAAGUUACAACUACGCCAAAUAUCCUCUCAAAAUCAUCAAAAUUACGAGGAACAAAACCUAUGCUCGUAAUAGAUAAAGCUACAGGCAAACAAAAAAUUAUUAUGACAAAAAAUGAACCUGCAUUAAAAGAACUUAAACCUUCGCCAACAAUAAUUCAACCUGUAAAUCAAAAUACAAAUAAAGGGGAAAAGUUUAUCUUAUUACCGACAGCUACUGCGCCUCGACCAGGGCGUACUCAGAAAAUAGUUAUAGAUCCACAAACCGGCAAAGCUCACGUCCUAGUAGCAAAAAGUCCUGAUGCUCCAGUAAAUUUAAAUGAUAAUAAACCUGUAUCGGCGAAGUUGAUACCUUCUUCCUCAGACGCCAGUGGUCUCGGAAAUACAGUUAUGAUUAUAACCAAUGCGCAAGGAGCACAAUCUAGAAUAGUUUUGACUUCAGAGCAUGAAAAAAUAUUGUUUCCAAAUAAACAGCAUCAGCAAACCCCACCACAAUUAAAAACGAUAACGCAUAGAAUAUCACCGAAUGUCGCCAAUACUCAGAAGCAAAUCGUUUCUUCAGUUCCACAAGUGAAAUCACAAACGAGAAUCGUACCAAAACAAAAGAGCGCAAUCAUCACAUCGAAAGGUCAAUUAAUUGUCGGCGGUCGCGUGGCGACUACUGCGCAAAACAUAGCUCCGAUGCCGGAAAUACGGCCUCUCACUAAAAGGAUUAUACCAGCCGAACCUAAAAAAAUCAUACAAACCAUUCAAAAGACACCAUCGGAACCUUUGAUAUUGUUGCAACAAAAAUCAGGAACAGUAGUGCAGUUGACGCAAUCACAAUUCGAGCAAAUACAGAGGACUGGGCAUUUUAUUCAAAAGAUUCCUGUCCCUGUAGAGAAUAAACCGGUCUUCCAAAAGACUAUUACGAUCACACCCGGAGAACCGAUGCCCGGCAUCGUUCAGAAAAGGAUUAGAAGAACCGCCACAGAAUCGCCGACACCAAUGAAGCGAGUGAAGCAAGAGAUAGCCAUAGCGCCUGCGCCGCCGCCGCCGCCCAUGGUCACUCUGCCGGCCCUCACUCCCCUCACCACAAACAUGGUCACAACCAUAGGGCCGUCUAUUUCUAACACCGUUUCUGUGACGACGUCCACCCCUUAUCCUGAUUUGGACAACAUCGAAGAGAUGUUGCCGUCGACGGCGAUCGCACGACAACCUGAGCCGGUAGCGCCGGUUCCACCGGUGUUAGCGCAGCCGGAACCGGCGGUAGCGCCGCUGUCGGACGGGCAACUGUUGGCCGUACCCGGCGAGCACUUCGGCGGGCCCCCGGGCUCCUUCUACUUGUGCGUGGAGGAUAACGGCACUCUCACGCCUAUCGACAACCGCCCACUCGUUCUCGAGAACAAUCAGCUCGUCCCUAUGGCCGUCGAGCCCAUGCCAAUGCUCGCCCCGCAACCGGAGCGACGAGACAUCUUGGAGGCGGCGCUCGCCAACAGUGACGUGUUCCAUGCGGAUCCACCUCGCGACGAGGCGCCAGAUUUCAGAGAUUUGAACGCUAACGUGUCCGUACAUUGUCGCGUGUCCGAAACUAGCACGACGCUCAAUCAACCGAUAAUGACUCCUGUCGAAGUACCAUCCAAAGUGGACAGUGAGCCGACAACGGUCCCUUCUAACUUGGAAGAUGGUCUCGCUGUUAUAGGCGUCACGCCGCACACAGUGCCGACAUCUCUAGAGCUACCGAUCACUGUGACAGACCCCAGGAUAGCGCCUAAGACUACCGAUCCGCUCAGCGGAACGAAUUAUGGCACGUCGUUGUUGCCGUCGCCUAAUACGGAGAUGACUUACGUCACCACUGAAGACGUGGACAUGCCGGUGGGUGCGUCCAUUUCCAUGCCCUUACUCACGGAUGAGGACGCAGUGGGCAAAUCUAUGCCGAUAUUGACUGACGACGUCGCGGAGCGAACCGUGUCCUCAGUAGAAUCCACGAUCGGGUCUCCUUCAUCGAUUGACGUCCGAGAGUCUGAGAUGGAGGAGGGAACGCAGUGGUCGCGUCGAUUGUUAACUCCUUGCUCGGAUACUUCAGAAACUUCUUCUGAAAUUCCGCUCCAACCUUCGAUUCAGUUGUCGGUGAACGACAUGUCUCGCCACAGCUAGACAAACAGAUUUGUGUUCUGUUGAAUAAUGUUUCUAUUAUUGUGCUACAUUUAUUUAUUAUGAUAGAUUGAUUUCGUUGUUGUGCAAUAGAAUAAGUUUUAACAUGUCCGUUGAUGUCAUUCUCAUAUCUAUCUGAAUAUAGACACAGUGAAAGUGGUUCGGCGAAUGUUUGAUUUCUAUAAUGUUUUGCUUAUCAGGAGGAGUAAAGAUGUGUGCGUUUCAAACGCAUACAAAUAGGACUGUACAUAAUAUUUUAAUUAUAUAUAUGCUGAAGAGGAGCGUGUGAUCUCUCCUCAUUUUGUCGUGCGAUUAUAAUAAUGCAUUGCAGCAUAACGUUAUGUUAGGUUAAGGGUUUACAAUUGUAAAUUUUAAUUGAAUUAUGAUAUUGUUGGAUCAUAACUGUAAUAUAUGAAAAUUUAGGUAUAUCAUAUUUUUAUAACGUCUGAAAAGUUUGGAAUAAUAUGUUGUACUCUACGAAAUUGUACAUGGAAAUUUAUCUUUGUCUGCGAUUAGAAGGAAAGUGAAUGGUAAAAACAUUGUGAUGCGGGAACAUCAGUUCUAAUGAACGGGAGGACUAUAUCAAAAUGUAGUUUUAAUGUUAAGUACAAUAUUGUUGCAGUAACUAUUAAAUGAUAUGUCUAAGGCACAUAUUGGUUUUUUUUUUGAGUGAUCUAUGUUGGAAUCUAGAUCGGACUAUGAAAAUGGAGUCGUUAGUAAUUAACCUAUAUGUAGUUUUAUUAAAUAAACUUUAAUCAAAAUCUGUCUUUCAUUAUGUUUCUCUUGUGCUAGAAAGCCGGACUAUGAUUGUACACAUUAUUACGCUGUCUGUAUAUGCACAACCCAAAACAAAUAUUCUCCAAAUGACUUUGAGCUAUAAUAUAUUGCUUUGCAUAAAUUUUGCAGCUUGGUUCCGUUGAUUUGGGCUGACUGCAUCAUAGUAAUGCAGAUGUUGGUGCGCGAAUAUCAAAUAGCAUUGCAACUUCAUGUUCACCACUUAUAUUCUUACGGCCAAUUUACACCGGAGUGGCAGCGAUGCAGCGAGCACUUUGUAUGUGAAAUAUUUUUAACUUAUUUACAUAAUAUAAAAGACUAGUAUCGCUUAAAAAGCUCUAAUUAGCGGCCACGCGCGAUGCCGCCCGCUCGCAACUGCACGGGUCCUUUUCAAGUGAUAUUAGUCGUCGGUUCUCGCCGCGUAGCUGCCGGCCGCUGCCAUUCCGAUGUGACGGCCCUUGUAAAUUUCAUGGUAGAUGGAAACAAGCGUUUAACCAAUGAGUAGUAAUACUAAUGUAAAGUAGAAGUUUAACAUUACUUACGGCAAGUAUUAAUAAUCAAACUCUAUUUAGAGAUAGGCCUAUUAGAGAUUUCGUUUCCUAAUUAUUUUUAUCAUUUAAAUUAUAAAAAACAACUGUUGCCGUAAAGAGGGCCUAAUUAGAGCAUUUUUUUUUAAAGAUGUUUUACAAAAAUGGAAGUUAGUUUAUCAAUAUAGAUCGAUAUUUUUGGGUAGAUCUCACAAUUUUCUUUAAAAGACUACUUAAACUGAACACUACAUGCACGAUAAGGCGCUUUGCAGACGACGGGGCGGGGCGGGCCGGUCAAUUUCGCCGCGAAUAAUAGGACAAAGUGAAUCCUAUACUUCAAACGCACACAGCGGUAAAAAAGACCGCGCCUUGGGUGCCCGGCGGGCACUGGCGGCGCGGCAUGUCCGCGGCUGCCCGCCGUGGAUCAUACAAACCAGUUUAUAUGCAGUAACGCAGACGGCGGCGCGGGGCGGUCAUGGACUAUUCACUAGAACGAACGUCUUAAACUGACCGCCUCUGCCCGUCGUGUGCUUUGUGUACGCGGCACGGGCAGCUGCAGACAUUGACGGUCAGACGCGGUCUUUAUUGUUUCGCGGACAAAAUGCCCGCCCCGCCCUUUCGUCUGCUCAACGCCUAAUAUUACCUAUAUAAUAUUACCGUGCUACAUGUGAAUAGAUCUAUAGAUGUAUAUUUUUUUAAAGGUGCCGUUCCAAAUAUCGCAUUAAUGAGGUUAAUUGGUAUCAGACUUCAUUGCUUUGGGUUUUCUUAUUUUUUGAAACUGUGUCGAAAAGAACUCAGCAAUAUUUUUGGAAAAGGAGCUGUCUUCAGUUUAUCUCAAUUUCACUUCAUUCCGUCACUAAAAAGGUGAAAAUUACCAUUAAUAAUUUAGACGUAAUGAUAAAUCUAUCGCUACUUUGGGGUUAUUUGGGAUGUAACGUUAAAUUUCCAAUGUGUUAUUAACAAGAAUAAAG